UGAAGGAGAAAUACCAAAACCAAAACUCAGCUCCGGCCACUUUUCUAAUUAGAACACGUACUCGGGUUUAUUCGAAAGAAGCUACAUAACACGAUGACCCCCACAUAGUGAUUGAAGCAUUACGCCACAAAGGCCUUGAUUAGAGUGGGUUAUGUUUGCUUGUGUACACUUUGAACGGCACCUCAAGAAGCAACAGGAGGCCACCAGCGGUCGCCAUCGAUUCCACACAUUCCGCAGGCCGAUCCCACCAUGAUUGAGGUGAUCUGCUUACUGCUUGGCAAGCUCCUGUUACUCCUGGUCGGAGCCUACGAGCUUCUGCGGCGACUGCACCAGAAGUUUCAUGCCCUUGUAUGCGGGUCAUAUGACUUUUGUCGAGGAAAAAAUGCGCGUGAGCGGCACGAGAACCGCUUACUCGCCGACUGCAAGGCAAGAUUGACCAAAAUGCCGCAGCACCUGGUGCUGAUCAUAGCUCCGGAUGACUACUACGUGGAUGCUGGACGACUAAAUGCAAUUUUCGGUUACGCUCUCGCCAUUGGUAUAAAGCACAUCAGUGUCUACGACAGGCGCGAGGAAAAACACGGCUAUGUGGACCUGGCUCCCCUGUGCCAGCCACGGGAUGACAGCAACGGCAGCAGUAGGAGCUUCGUUUGGCCAGCGAAACUGGCUCAUCACAAAAAUGGGCAUACCAAUGGGCACAAGAAAAAUGGGUAUGCGAACGGUGUAAACGGUACGCAUUUACCGCAACAGCUGCAGGUCUACCGAAUCAGGCCCGCGGAUUGCCAUGCCCUUAUAGCGGAUGUCUGCCGAGAUCUGUACGAAAUUAGAGAGACGCCUCUGGUAAAGGGUCUGCUGCAGAAGCGGGAGUCCCUCACCGAGCAGAUAACCUUAAGGCUGGCCAAGCGGCUGGGCUAUGAUGCGCCGGACCCGGACUUAGGCAUCAUUUUUGCACGUCAAACGUGUACGUACGGCUUGAUGCCGUGGCAUGUGCGCUUCACCGAGUUCCACACGCAUCCCAGCGAUCGGUACUUCAACGUGGAAUCCUUCACCAAGGUGCUCUACCGAUACUCACGCUGCGAGCAGAGGUGGGGCAAGUAGUGCAACUGUGAGGGCUUAGGUGCUUAGGCCCAGCGA